UGCAGCCACAUGCUUGCAGCCUGUGCUGUCCAAUCCUUUCAGAAAACAUCAGGUGAGGAUCAUUCACUCCAUUUGCUAUAAAUUGCCAUGUGAAUUGUACCUGUAUUGUAACACAACAAAAUGAUUUUCUUUUCCUUAGACUAAUAAGGUAGUCCUCAAACACAGGUGGUGGAGUUCAACUAUGAUUUUUCAAAGGACUGUUUUAAACAGCUCUGCUAUCAUUCAUCCUCCAGGUUUCUAUAUCAUCGGAUUUGAGACCUUUCCUUUCAUCAGUGUCUACUUUAUCUUCCUGGCGUUUGUUUAUGGUGUAACAGUGCUGUUUAACAUUUUGGUGAUUUAUGUGAUUGCUUCUACUCGUUGUUUGCACACUCCAAAAUUUUUGGCUGUUGUCAACCUUGCAGUUAUUGAUCUGUUUCUUAACACUUGUACCAUUCCCAGCAUGAUAAAAAUAUUUCUCAUCCAGGAUAACUUCAUUCCAUUUAACUUAUGUUUGCUACAGAUGUAUGUUUAUUAUGUGUUUGCAUCUUUGGAGUCGUUUGCUCUUGCCAUACUUGCCUAUGACCGGUUAAUUGCAAUAUGUUUCCCUCUGCGUCAUAACUCCAUCAACACUGUGAGGAGCAUGUGUUGUAUUGUCAGCGUAUCGUGGAUUGUUAAUAUGGGAAUAACAGCUUUUGCAACAGGUAUAAUGACUCGACUCUCUUUUUGCAGGUCUGUGAGAGUGUUCAGCUAUUUCUGUGACUACGCACCUGUGUUUCGGCUUGCCUGUAAUGAUAACACAAUGCAGUGGUUUGCAGCUACGAUUUUCAGUAUUUUGUUACUUUUUGUCCCCUUUACGUUUGUUUUUCUGUCUUAUGUCAGCAUCCUGGUGACAGUGUUCAGGAUGAAAUCUGUGGACAGUCGGGUGAAAGCUUUGGCCACGUGUGCUGAGCAUCUCAUUCUUGUUGCUAUAUUUUACAUUCCUCUUAUUGUUAUUUUCACAGUUGGGUUUUUUCUGGGUGUUGUUCUGUUCUGGGUGAUCUGGAUAGAUCAGCGAGUUCUGAGUCUGUCGCUGGCCUCAUGCAUCCCACCUUGUAUCAAUCCUAUUGUAUAUUCUUUGAAAACCAAAGAAAUCAAAACCGGAGCACUGACACUAUUCAGAAAAACUAAAGUUAUUGCAUAA